AUGCCUGAAUCUCCAGUCUCUGGGCCUGUUCCAGCAUCAAUUCUUUCAUCAGGUCAUCACACGUCUGUUCCUCAAAUAUCUUCAACAACUAAUACAACAACUAAUAUAAGUACAAAUUCAAAUACAACAUCCUCUUCACCACCACCACAACAACAACAACAACAACCUUCUUCAUCUUCUCCAACACCUUCAUUAAUCAGUCAUCUUCCAUUACCUCCUCCUUCAAUUCUUUCCUUUUCUGAAAAGAAAAAUAGUGAAGAUGAAGAUAAAGAUAAAGAUGAAGAAACUAAAGAAAAUAGAGAACAUGACUUGACUACCCCUGCUAUAUCGUCAUCUUCUCCAGGACCAUUGGCUAGCCCUACACCUAUCCAAAUACCUACAGUAACUACCACUCUUACAGCUCCUUCUCCACCUCCUACUACUGCUACUGCUACUACUACUACUACUACUACUACUACUACUACUCUCAACAGACACAGCUCCACGCACGUGUCAAACCAUCCUCCAUUCCCUGCCCAACCCGCUCCUGCUCCAACCCCAGUCUCAGAAGAAGAAGCUCAAAAGGAAGCCUCUAAACUAACUGAGAAAAUCUCUAAAGUAAAGGGGAAAGUCUUAGUUCCUCCAACUACAAUCCCAGCUGUUAAACCAUCCCCCUCCUUACUGGCCAAAAGCCCCCCAAUUAUCCCCUUCAAUCCCUCCCUUUCUACUUUGCCCACCCCUGAACCAGUCGAAACAAGACCCGUUGUGCUUAAUGUUCCAAAAAAUUUAAACACAACAUCAGCAAUACCCGCUAUCCCUACUUCUGCUCUAGCUGAAGCUGUACAAUCCAUGACCCCUUCCUCAGCUGCUUUAACAGCCCCCAACACUUUUUCUUCUUCUUCUUCUUCCUCUUCUGCUUCUGCUUCUGCUUCUUUUUCUAACAACAACAUCAACAAUAAUAAUAAUAAUAAUAAUAAUACUAAUAAUAAUACCUCUGCAAUCACUACCCCACCUCAAAUCAUCAAUUCUGAUAAUGAGCUUUCGCCGGCCGUCAGCCCAUCCACCCUGCAUCUCAAACAACCUUCCAUUCAUGCCCACUUUCUCCUCGAAGAAGUCAUGGGCCAUACUCCUCGCAGUAGAAGUGGCUCCGGAUCCGGCUCUGUCUCCUCCGUCGCAGGCGGAAUUCUCCAACCGAACCAACCCUCUUCUCCAUCAAUACAACAACCACUUCAAGUUGACCAACCAAAAUCUCCAGAUCUCCCAAUUACUCCACCUGUUGUUAAUACCACUUCUACUACUACCAACACAAACACAAACACCAAAACUAACAACAACAACACCACCACCACCACCACCACCACUGCUCUUGCUGCUUCUACUGUGCCGCCUUCCCCUCACAACCCUGUACUUUUUUUGGAACCAAUCUCUCCACGCUCGGAUGCCCACCCAAUUACUUCUUCUCCACCCAUUCCUGCGUCUCCUGAACCUCAUUUGAAUGCUGCUGCUACUACUGCUCCGACCGCUUCAACAACAACAACAACAACAACAACAACAACAACAACAACAACAGAUAUCUCUGGAUCCUCAGGCUCAACCACUUCAAAACAAACAGUACCUGCAGGUACUACAGAUCUACCAACCGACCCACGACUCCCCCAGGAUGACGGAAAACUUCACAUUCUUCUUGCUGCAACAGGAUCCAUCUCAACUGGCAAACUACGCCUCAUCAUUAGUAAACUUAAUGAUAUCUACGGACCUACCAGAGCAUCUGUCCAAAUCAUCCUCACAAAGGCUGCCGAAAACUUUGUGUCCCGAGGUGAAAUCCCAUCAUUUGUCCGCAUCUGGCGCGACCAAGACGAAUGGGCUACUUGGACUACCCGCUCUGACCCUGUCGUUCACAUUGAAUUGCGCCGCUGGGCUGAUAUCCUUGUCAUUGCCCCCCUCAGUGCAAACACCCUCGGCAAAAUCGCUCUUGGUCUCUGCGACAACUUGCUCACAAACGUGGUUCGUGCUUGGAAUACUCAGUACCCAAUCCUUAUUGCUCCUGCAAUGGUCCCCUACGCCUACAACAACCCGGCUACUAAGCGUCACCUCCAGGUCAUUAAAGAUGAAAUGCCCUGGAUCGAGGUCCUAAAACCAGUGGAAAAAGUUGUCGGGUCAUAUGGCGAUAUUGGCAUGGGUGGCAUGAUGGACUGGAACGAAAUUGUAAACCGUAUUGUUCUUAAACUAGGAGGAUACCCAGAGGAUGAUGACGAGGAUGAAGAUAAUGAUAACGAUGAUGAUGAUGAUGAUGAUGACGAUGAUGAUGACGAUGAUGAUGACGAUGAUGAUAAUGCCACUCAAGCUGACUCUGGUGCUCGCUCUGCAGUUACUAAUUCUGCUGCUAAUACCACUAGUGCCAGUACCGGCCGUAAAUCAUCUAACCCUCAAUCGGCCCAAGACCUUCCUCCUAAGCGCAAAGAGUUUGAAAACAGUUCAUUUGACGAUGAUGAUAUCGAUGUUGUUCUCAACAAGCUUACUCUAGCAGACCGCGAAAACCUUGCAUCUCUCAAGCGUCAUCCGCGUUGA